AUGACGAGCGUGGCGGCGAUCAAGCAGCUGGAAGCCAAGAUCAAGGAAGAUGUCAAGCAGAUCAACGUGCUGCCUGCGGUGGUGAAGGCGCUGCAGCAUUGCGACAAGGCGGUGGCACAGGCAGCUAUGCUGAGCAUGCGGCGAGUGCUGCUGUUCUUCUUGGAAAAGGGUGAUCUGCAGCACAAGCUGACUGGACCACAAGCGGCGGCCAAGAAGACCAAGGGCGACGACACGCAGGCCAUUGACACGUUUCGUUGCUGGCUGUGGGACAUGUACGUGAACUUCCUGCAGAAGAUGCUGCAAUGGCUCGGAGACGCGCAGACGGACAGCAAUCUGCGUGUGGGAGCCGCUGCGCACGCUGAUGGAACGCUAGCAACGACAGAAAAGCUGAAGGGAGAGCUGGCGAGCGUUUUUAAAGGCGAAUUUGUCGGAGCGUACAUGGAUGUGCAGUUUUACAUGCUGAAGAACUUGGCGCAGAUCUUGGAUCACGCGCACGCGCAAGAAGAGGAAGACGAGACGGAGAGGUUGACAUUGGUGACAAACGCGCUUCGGAUGCUAGGGAUGGUGCGGAUGCCAUACGAGACCGAAGACAUCGUAUCGUUCCUUGUUGAGCCGGCGGAUACUGCCUUGUUGGAGCCGGACAUGGUGAGCAGCGAUGACGAAAGUGACGAGGAGGAAGAAGAGGCGUUUUGUACCGCCGGAUCAAAAAGGAAGGCUGGUUCUGAACCGAAGAAAACAAAGGACGACAGUCGAGGUUUGCGCAGCGUGAAGCAACACCGUCAUGUUUUCAGUCUGGCAUGGAUUGCUGUCCUACGCCAUAAACUGCCGCCGGCUGCGUACAGAAAGUUGCUGGUGCAGUUGCCGGACAAGAUCAUGCCGCAUCUGGUGAACCCGCUGUUGCUAGCAGACUUCCUGACCGAUUCAUACAACAUCGGCGGAGUCACGAGUUUGCUGGCGCUGAACAGUCUAUUCAUCCUUAUUCAGGACUACAACUUUGACUCGCCCGACUUCUACAACAAGCUGUAUCGUAUGCUGGACGACCCGUCACUGUAUUCGGCGAAGCAGCGCGACCGUUUCUUUGGACUGCUAAGCCUCUUCCUCUCGUCUACACACUUGCCAGCUUACACAGUCGCUGCUUUUGCCAAGCGGUUGUCGCGCAGUGCACUGACGGCCGAGCCAGGCGCUAUUCUGUUCAUUAUUCCGAUGGUGUACAACUUGAUCCUGCGUCACAAGGAAUGCUUGCAGCUCAUCCACCGUACUGGUGCAUCUACUGCAGCUGAGAAGGCUGCCAAGCGCCGAGAGGAGUUUUCCAGUGGGACUGCUGUUGAUGCUGUAGCAAAGCAGUUGUCCAGCAAGAAGCUGGAAAUGGUUUUGAAGGACGGCCACGACCCUUUCAUCAACGACGAGCUUGACCCGGCCAAGUGCAAUGCGUUGCAGAGUUCGUUGUGGGAAUUGUACACGAUGAAGCACCACUACAACGCCGACGUCGCACUGAAGGCGCGGAUGUUUGAAGAGAAGCUGCGCCACCAGUUUGUCGAUACCGAUGAGAGCAUGGAGAUUACUUACAAGAGUCUCUUUGAGAAGCAGCUGAAGCGAAAGGAAAAGGGCAAAGUGCCAUUGGCAUUCCGUCCCUGCAAAGGACUCUUCGUCGACAGCGCCUGUGAUGACGACAGCGGAAGCACGGAAGAUGACAACAUCUUUGCCCAGGUGUUCGAGCUCUGA